ACGACAGCCCACCCCACACGAGGGGAGUGAAGUCCAACACACGCGCACCAACCCUCCUCCUCCUCCUUUCCUUCUCCCCACCUCGCCUCCUUCCCCAAACUCCGCAGAUUCUCCUAGCCGCUCUCCAAUCCGGCCGUCCCUGGACGGUCACCAUCGCCGCCGGCCCUCUCAACGAAGCAUCGACCCCUUCCCGCCGCCGCCUGCCUCGUCGCCGGCGCAUGAGAGUGAAUCAUGGGAGGAUUUUGCUGCUGCCUUUCCACAGACGAUUUUGAGGAAUAUGUUCAUCCAAAUAAUCCUGUCUAUAGACAAUGCAUAUCCCUAAGGCAUUUGUUUCACAACAUGUUUGGGGGGUAUACUGCAGCAUUCCAGAGGCUCGACUCUAGGCCAAGCAACCCAGCUCAAGGAGCUGCGCCAUUGGCAUCCACUAAUCCAAGUACUAAUAUAACUGAGAGUUCGCUGUCUGAAACUUUUCACCUUGUUUCUAGACCACCCCCAUAUGACAUUGACCCUAGAUAUGCCCGAGUGCAAAGAGAGGGACUGGUAUCAAGGCGUGAAAAGUCUAUUAACCUCACGCAUGAAGAGUCCCCAGGUCUUAGACGAAAUGGCAGCAGCUCUGGUGUCGAGCAUUUAGCUGCUCAAAAGAAAAGGAGCAGCACUGAUCCUGAUGGUGAACAUAAGGUGCGUCGUUCUGAAUCGACUAAGAGUCUUUCUGGAAGAGCAUAUAACAGCAGUUAUGCCGUCAUCACUUCAGACGACGAAGAUGUCUGCCCUACUUGUCUGGAAGAGUACACCCCGGAGAAUCCACAGAUCAUAACUAAAUGCUCCCACCAUUUCCAUCUAAGUUGUAUUUAUGAGUGGAUGGAGAGAAGUGACACCUGCCCAAUUUGUGGGAAGGAAAUGGAGUUCUGCGAGAGCCCCUGAGAGAUACUUCCAUGCUGGUCGCAUCGGGAAGAGCGGGAAAAAGUAUCUACAGCAUGGGAUGCUGGAGAGUCUGUAAAUAAUACCCUAGUUCUUUGCUGUCGAAAACCUAUCUCGUUCUCGGGAUCAACUUCUUAUGUGUACUCAAGUCAGCCUACCAAAAUGCCGUGCUGGAUAUUUCCUGUAUAUUGUGAAAUGACUAUUUCAGCGGUGGAAUUUGAUA